AUGUUAUUCAAGUCAAUUAUUCUAAUAGUCGCAUUAGUAACUGUGUACGGUCAGGUACCCAUUCCUACUCGUCCCGAUGGCUUUGCUGUUGGUCCAUUUGAUGCUCAUGUAGUAGUAGAAAUGUAUGGUGAUCUCAUCUGCCCCGGAUGUAAAGCAGCAUGGCCAACUGUGUUGAAACUAAUACAAUAUUAUGGCCAAAAAAUUCAAUUUGUUCUUCAUACGUUUCCGCUGCCCUACCAUACAAAUGCAUUCAUAGCCGCACAAGGUCUUCAUGUGAUAGCGAAUGUUACCAAUAGAGAUUUAAAUUCCAUCUUGGCUUAUACUACACUUGUAUUUGAAAAUCAACAACUUUGGUAUAAUCAAGCAACGAUCAACGUAUCCAUGACAGAAGUCUUACAAAGUUUAGCAAAUUUUGUUGACAAAACUCAAAUAACAACCGCUGACAAAUUCAUUCGAGGUUUACAAGAUGAUGAAAUUAAUGAUCACACGAGAAUUUCAUGGAAAUAUGCAUGUAGUAGAGGUAUUACUGGUACACCGAGCUUUAUGAUAAAUGGUGUUGCUGUCAGCGCGGAUGCGUCAUGGUCAUUGGACGAUUGGAAAUCUGUUAUUGAUCCUCUAUUAGCUACACAGCGCCCAUCAUUUACCCCAUCUGCAAAUGAUGACUGUCCAACUGGUCAAACAAAGUGUACCUAUGCUCCACACAAAACUCAAUGCUGUCUAAACGGUGAAAGAUGUAUACCAAACGUUGGAUGUAGAUGUUAA